UGAGAGCAGUGUGUUGCUCUGUGUCUGUGCGCGUCGUCGGCGUUUUGAGCUGUUAGAUUUGGCUCCUCUGCGACCGCGUUUGACCACUGCAGCGCGCAAACGCGCGCAGUCGUCCGCUCGCGCGCGCUAGCGACGUGCCAAAUUGCCUCCUCUUGCCUCUGCAGCAGCAGUUUUUGGCACGGGCUGAGUCGCGAACGGCCGACGCUGCGCGAAGCGCGUAUCGCACGGAUCGUGUGCUUGUUAGGAAUCGUGCAGAUUGCACGCUUACAACGGCUGCACGUCCCGGGCGCGGCACGAAACCCAGCCAGACAGCGCACUGCUAAGCACUUGGCAGCGCGAGAGGCGUCAACUACGGAUGAGGAUGCUCCGCGCGCUCCUCCUCGCCGCGGCCGCCGGCCAAUCCUAUUCAAUAAUAGCGGCCGCGCACUCCGUUAUUUUCCGGAACGAGAUGGACGAAGACGCUACUCUGUACUGGGUCGACCCCGCGACGAAACAAAAGACGAAAGUCGGCGUCGCGAGGGCGUAUGGGGGCGAGCUGCCGCAGAACACGCAUGUAGGCCACCAGUUCCAUUAUGAGGGCGGGCACAGCGUCGGCGUCGAGGAUAUAGUUAUAAGAGCCGACAGGACCUAUUACUCACUUACGAAGAAUGGAAGAUGUAGAGUCGAGUGCGUCGUGGCCGGUGGGAAGUACGGUGCAAAGGGGAGGGGGAAAAUUGGAUUUACCGUGUAUCCCGACUGGUCUCCUCGCGGGGCGGGACGGUUCCUAGAGCUCGUGAGGAAGCACUUCUUUGACGACUGUGCUAUUAACAGGGUCGUGCCGCAGUUUCUGGCGCAGUUUGGGAUAGCGGCGGACUACGAAGCGAGGACCUGGUGGCGCAUGCGAACGAUAGAGGACGACCCGCCGCAGUCGAUCCCCUUCAAGCCGGGCUACGUGGCCUUUGCUGGAAGUGGACCGAACUCGCGUUCCACGGAGAUGUUCGUCGUCAUGCCCGAGACCUCUCGACAUCAACUGAACGCCUUCGGGGAGAACCCGUGGGAGACGCCUUUUGCGGUCGCGGAUGACGAUGCUAUUCGCAGUGUGCUGCCCAUGCUCGUGAAUUCGUACGGGGACAUGCCGCCAUGGGGCGGCGGGCCGGACCCGCAGAAGAUUUACGAGCGGGGCGGCUACGAUAUGUUACACCGCGACUUCCCCGAGCUCGCGCGCUUCGAGACGUGCCGCGUCAAGGAGCGGCCCAUGCCUGCUAAGGCGCGACGAGAUCUUUAAUAGUGA